AUGGCAGACAUGGAGAGAUGGACUGGAGACUGGAGAAAUCAAACGUCAAUCACAGAAUUCAUCCUGCUGGGAUUCGGGGAUCUCCCUGAACUGCAGACUCCUCUCUUCCUGAUGUUCCUGGUGAUCUACGUUGUGACCGUGGCAGGGAACAUCCUCAUCGUUGCACUAGUUGUGGCUGAUCAACAUCUUCACACCCCCAUGUACCUCUUUCUGGGGAACUUGUCCUGCUUGGAGACCUGCUACAGCUCCACCAUCCUGCCCAGGAUGCUGGCCAGUCUCCUGACUGGGGACAGGACCAUUUCUGUCCCUGGCUGUGUAGCACAAUUUGAUUUCUUUGGUUCCCUGGUAGCUGUAGAAUGUUGUCUCUUAUCAGCAAUGUCUUAUGAUCGGUAUUUAGCGAUAUGCAAACCACUGCAUUAUGCAGCCCUUAUGAAUGGCAGCGUCUGCUUCCGACUGGCAGCUGGGUCUUGGGUAAGUGGGUUUGUGGCUUGCACCGUCACGGCAUGUUGGAUAUCACAAAUGACUUUUUGUGGCCACGAUGAAAUUGACCAUUUCUUUUGUGAUUUCACCCCAUUAGUAAAACUGUCCUGCAGUGACACCCGCCUGAUGGUUCUUGUGACCUUCCUGUUAUCCUCCAUAUUAACACUGCCUCCCUUCCUAUUAACCCUGGCAUCCUAUGUGUGCAUCAUCACCACCAUACACAGAAUCCCAUCCACCGCCGGCAGGCAAAAGGCCUUUUCCACCUGCUCCUCCCACCUCAUUGUGGUGACACUCUACUAUGGGACCCUGAUCAUUGUCUAUCUGCUGCCAGACACCGACACGCUGAGAGACCUGCACAAAGCGCUGUCUCUCUUCUACACAGUCCUGACUCCCCUGGCCAAUCCGCUCAUCUACAGCCUGAGAAACAGAGAAGUGAAGGAGGCUCUGAGGAAAGCUGCUAGUGAGGCUGUGAAUUUCAGAACAAAUAGCAAACUAUUUUGUAUGUAG